AUGUUCUCAGCUCUGCGUCUGAGUGCGACUAGGACUUUUGCUACCAACGCCGCCGUCGAUGGAUUCAAUGGCGCCAUUGGAAAUACUCCUUUAAUUUAUCUAAAGCAUCUUUCUGAACGUACUGGAGCUCAAAUAUUCGGAAAGGCUGAAUUUCAAAAUCCUGGAGGAAGUGUCAAAGAUCGCGCCGCACUUGGACUCAUUCGAGACGCAGAGAACAAAGGCUUAAUCAAACCUGGAGGUACAGUUGUCGAAGGCACAGCAGGAAAUACUGGCAUUGGCCUCGCCCACGUCUGUCGAGCAAAAGGCUACAAAUGUGUAAUUUACAUGCCCGAUACUCAGAGUCAAGAGAAAAUCGAUCUCCUUCGUAUGCUCGGUGCUGAUGUGCGGCCCGUCCCAGCCGUUGCGUUUGAGAAUCCAAAAAACUAUAAUCAUCAAGCUCAAGAAUAUGCGGAGGGUCUUUCGAAUGCCAUUUGGACAGACCAGUUCGACAACGUUGCCAAUGCAGAUGCUCACUACACAUCCACGGGCCCUGAAAUCUGGGAGCAGACACAAGGGCAGUUGGAUGGCUUUGUUUGUGCGACUGGAACUGGUGGAACACUGGCUGGCGUUGGGAAGUACCUCAAGGAGAAAAGCGGAGGCAAGACACAAAUAUGGCUAGCCGACCCUCCCGGGAGUGUUCUCACAAGUUAUAUCACGAGUGGCGGUAAACUGGUUGAGAGAUCAGGCAGCUCCAUCACAGAAGGUAUUGGUCAGGGGCGCAUCACGGAUAACCUUGGAACGUUUGUGAACGAGUUGUCGGGCGCAUUUACAGUUCCCGAUGAAAAGUCAAUUGAGAUGGUAUAUGAGCUGCUGGAUACAGAAGGGCUCUACCUCGGCGCAAGCUCUGCCCUGAAUGUCGUCGCUGCCGUAGAACUCGCCCAGAGAUUGGGAAAAGGUUCCAGAAUCGCAACAAUACUCUGUGAUGGAGCAUAUCGAUAUCAGAGCAGGCUAUUCUCGAAAAAGUGGCUCGUAAGCAAGGGCUUGGAGAACGCUAUUCCAGAACAUUUGAAGAAGUACUCUGUACUCGAGUAA